CCAGACGUGACCCCCCCGCGCCCCCCCAGAUGUGCGAGGAGCCCCCCUGGGCCGCGGGCCCUACGCCCCCUCCCCGUACGAGCGGCCACCCUGGAACCCCCGGUUCUGCAUCAUCUCCGGCAACCAGCUGCUGAUGCUCGAUGAGGAGGAGAUCCACCCGCUGCUGAUCCGGGAGCGGCGGGGCGAGCCGUGCCGGAGCAAGCUGCUGCGGAGAACCGUCAGCGUGCCCGUGGAGGGCCGCCCGCACCCCGAGCACGAUUACCACGGCGGCCGCUCCCGCAGGAAGAGCGUUCCCGGGGGGAAGCAGUUCAGCAUCAACAUGGACGCGCCGCCCGCGCCCCCCUUCCGGCCCUCGCAAGGCUUCCUGAGCCGGCGCCUCAAGAGCUCCAUCAAGCGCACCAAGAGCCAGCCCAAGCUGGACCGGACCAGCAGCUUCCGGCAGAUCCUGCCGCGCUUCCGCAGCGCCGACCACGACAGGAGACCUGGACACACCUGGGGACAUCAGGGCACACCUGGGGACACCACGGGGGCAUUUGGGGACAUGUGGGGGCACUGGACCAGCAGCUCCCACAGCGCCGAGCGUGACAGGGCACGGCUGAUGCAGAGCUUUAAGGAGUCGCACUCCCACGAGUCCCUGCUGAGCCCCUCGAGCGCGGCCGAGGCGCUGGAGCUGAACCUGGACGAGGAUUCCAUCAUCAAGGCCGUGCACAGCAGCAUCCUGGGCCAGGAGUUCUGCUUCGAGGUGACGACGGCGUCGGGCACCAAAUGUUUCGCCUGUCGGUCGGCGGCCGAGAGGGACAAAUGGAUCGAGAACCUGCAGCGCGCCGUGAAGCCCAACAAGGACAACAGCCGGCGCGUGGACAACGUGCUGAAGCUGUGGGUGAUCGAGGCGCGCGACCUGCCGCCCAAGAAGCGCUACUACUGCGAGCUGUGCCUGGACGACAUGCUGUACGCGCGCACCACCAGCAAGGCCCGCACCGACAACGUCUUCUGGGGCGAGCACUUCGAGUUCAACAACCUGCCCGCCGUGCGAACCAUCCGCCUGCACCUCUACAAGGACACCGACAAGAAGAGGAAGAAGGACAAGAGCAACUACGUGGGCAUGGUGAGCAUCCCCAUCGCCAGCGUCACCGGGCGGCACUUCGCCGAGCAGUGGUACCCUCUGAGCCAGCCCAGCGGCAGCAAGAGCAAGGCCGGGUGCCCGGCGCUGCGGGUCAAGAGCCGCUUCCAGACCAUGAGCAUCCUGCCCAUGGAGCUCUACAAGGAGUUCGCCGAGUACGUCACCAACAACUACCGCAUGCUCUGCGCCGUGCUGGAGCCCGUGCUCAGCGUCAAGAGCAAGGAGGAGGUGGCCUGCGCGCUGGUGCACAUCCUGCAGAGCACCGGCAAGGCCAAGGACUUCCUGUCGGACAUGGCCAUGACGGAGGUGGAUCGUUUCAUGGACCGGGAGCACCUGAUCUUCCGGGAGAACACCUUGGCCACCAAAGCCAUCGAGGAGUACCUGAAGCUCAUCGGCCAGAAAUACCUCAAGGAUGCCAUUGGCGAGUUCAUCCGUGCGCUCUACGAGUCGGAGGAGAACUGCGAGGUGGACCCCAUGAAGUGCUCGGCCUCCACGCUGGCCGACCACCAGGCCAACCUGCGCAUGUGCUGCGAGCUGGCGCUCUGCAAGGUGGUCAACUCCCACUGCGUGUUCCCGCGGGAGCUGAAGGAGGUGUUCGCCUCGUGGCGGCUGCGCUGCGCCGAGCGCGGGCGCGAGGACAUCGCCGACCGCCUGAUCAGCGCCUCGCUCUUCCUGCGCUUCCUGUGCCCCGCCGUGAUGUCCCCCAGCCUCUUCGGCCUCAUGCAGGAGUACCCGGACGAGCAGACGGCGCGGACGCUGACCCUCAUCGCCAAGGUCAUCCAGAACUUGGCCAACUUCACCAAGUUCGGGAGCAAGGAGGAGUACAUGGCGUUCAUGAACGAGUUCCUGGAGCUGGAGUGGGCCAGCAUGCAGCAGUUCCUGUACGAGAUCUCCAACCUGGACACGCUGACCAACAGCACCAGCUUCGAGGGCUACAUCGACCUGGGCCGCGAGCUGUCCACGCUGCACGCGCUGCUCUGGGAGGUCAUGAGCCAGCUCAGCAAGGAGGCGCUGCUGAAGCUGGGCCCGCUGCCGCGGCUGCUGACGGACAUCAGCGUGGCGCUGCGGAACCCUCACCUGCAGCGCCAGCCCAGCCAGGGCGAGCGGCUGCCGCCCAAGGGGCUGGUGCUGCGCGGGCCCUCGGCCGACCUGCAGCCCUACCUCGUGCGCGACCUCAACAGCUCUGUGGAUCUCCAGUCCUACAUGGUCCGGGGGCUCAACAGCUCCAUGGACGUGCCGCGCCUGCCGUCCCCGCCGCAGGAGAAGGGUCCCCCGGAGGUGCUGGUGCUGAGCCGCCCGCCGCUCGCCCGCUCCUCGCCCGCCUACUGCACCAGCAGCUCGGACCUGACCGAGCCCGAGGGCGGCCGCGGCGGCGCGCUGGGGGUCGGCAAGAGCGUCUCCAUGCUGGACCUGCAGGACGGACGCGUGGACAGCAUCCCCAGCCUGCCGGCCGAGCUGCUGGCCGGGGGCGCGGCGCCGGGGGGCGCGGGCCAGGGGGGGCUGCGGCCCGGGCGGCUCUCGCAGGGCAGCGCCUCCAGCCUGGCCCCGCCGCGCCUGGGCGUGCCCGAGCCCGGCGGGCCGCAGCUGCGGGUGCCGCUCUCCUUCCAGAACCCGCUCUUCCACCUGGCCGCCGACGGGCCCCUGCGCGGCCCCGACGGGGGCGGAGGGGGCGGCGGGAGGGGCGAGGGGGGCGGCGGAGAGGGGGGACACUUCGGGGGCGUCCCCCCGCCGCCGCUGCACGGCUACAGCAAGAGCGAGGAGCUGGCGACCCCUCCCCAAAAACACAUCACGCACAGCCACAGCUACAGCGACGAGUUCGGGCGGCCGGGCGGCGACUUCGGCCGCAGGCAGCUGUCGCUCCAGGACACGCUGGCCCCCCCCCAGAUCACCAUCGGGGCCCCCCCGCCGCCCACCCCGCGGGGGUCGCGGGCCGGGAAGGGGGGCGGGGGGCCCUCGGCGCUGGGGGUGCCCCAGAAGCCGCGCCCGGCCAGCGGGAACCUGCUGGCCUCGCCCGAGCCCGCCUACGGCCCGGCCCGCUCCCGCCAGCCCUCGCUGGCCAAGGAGGCCUCGGUGGCCGGCAUGAAACCGCCCGUCACCAAGCAGGCGUCGCAGACGCCGUCCACGCUGAACCCGGUGCUGCCGGCGGCCGAGCGCACGGUGGCCUGGGUGUCCAACAUGCCGCACCUGUCGGCCGACAUCGAGAGCGCGCACAUCGAGCGCGAGGAGUACAAGCUCAAGGAGUACUCCAAGUCCAUGGACGAGAGCCGGCUGGACCGGGUGAAGGAGUACGAGGAGGAGAUCCACUCGCUGAAGGAGCGGCUGCACAUGUCCAACCGCAAGCUGGAGGAGUACGAGCGGCGCCUGGUGACGCAGGAGGAGCAGACCAGCCGCAUCCUCCUGCAGUACCAGCAGCGCCUGGAGCUCAGCGAGAAACGGCUCCGGCAGCAGCAGCAGGAGAAGGACUCGCAGAUCAAGAGCAUCAUCGGCAGCCUGGCCCCGCAGGCUGAUGCUGGUGGAGCAGGAGCUGCGCAGGGAUCACUUGGGCGCCCACGACCCGUCCGAGGGCCGGCGGCGGCUGCUCGACGCUCAGCUGUCCGUCAGGUAGCGCGGCCCGGCCCCGCCAGUGGCACCGGACCCUCGGCCACCGGUGACACCCCAGGUGGGUCCUUGUCCCCUCCCUGUCACCCCCCAGGCCGCACAGGGGGACCCUUGGGGACACGGAUCCGAGAUGUCCCCAAGACCCUCUCGUGUCCCCAGGGGACACUGGGAACCCUUGGGGACAUAGGUCUGGAAUGUCCCCAAGCGCUCUGCUGGCCCCAAGGGACACUGGGGACACUUCACAGGUGUCCCCAUGUCCCUCCCGUGUCCUUCAGGCACAUUUGGGACCCUUGGGGACACGGAUCCAGGUGUCCCCAAGGAACAUUGGGGACCCUUGGGGACACAGAUCCAGGUGUCCCCAAGACCCUUUUCUGUCCCCAAGGGACCCUUGGGGACACAGAUCUGGGUGUCCCCAUGUCCCUCCCGUGUCCCCAUGUCCUUCAUGGGCACUGGGGACUCCUUGGGGACACAGAUCCAGGUGUCCUCAAGGGACACUGGGGACCACUGGGGACACAGAUCCAGGUGUCCUCAAGGGACACUGGGGACCCUUGGGGACACGGAUCCAGGUGUUCCCAAGACCCUUUUCUGUCCCCAAGGGGACACUGGGGACUCCUUGGGGACAUGGAUCUGGAAUGUCCCCAUGUCCCUCUUUUGUCCCCAUGUCCCUGAGGGACAUUGGGGACCCUUGGGGACACGGAUCCAGGUGUCCCCAAGGCCCUCCUGUGUCCCCAUGUCCCUGCCAUGUCCCCAGGGCACAUUGGGGACCCUUGGGGACACGGAUCCAGGUGUCCCCAAGACCCUUGUCUGUCCUCAAGGGACACUGGGGACACGGAUCCGGGUGUCCCCAUGUCCCCACGGACCCUUGGGGACACGGAUCCAGGUGUCCCCAUGUCCCUACCAUGUCCCUCAAGGACAUUGGGAACCCUUGGGGACACAAAUCCAGAUGUCCCCAAGGCACACCGGAGACCCUUGGGGACACAAAUCCAGAUGUCCCCAAGAGCCUUUUCUGUCCCCAGAGGACAUUGGGACCCCUUGGGGACACGAAUCCACGUGUCCCCAAGAUGCUCAUUGUCCCCAUGUCCCUCCCAUGUCCCUCAGGGGCACUGGGGACACUUGGGGACACUUGGGGACAUGAAUCCAAGAUGUCCCCAAGACACUCCUGUGUCCCCACGGACACAAGGGACCCCUUGGGGACACAGAUCGGGGUGUCCCCAUGUCCCUCCUGUGUCCCCAUGUCCCUCAGGACCCCUUGGGGACACCACCCCCGGUGUCCCCUUGUCCCUCCUGUGUCCCCAUGUCCCUUGGGGACAUGGAUUCAGGUGUCCCCACAUCCCUCCCGCUGUCCCCAUGUCUUUCCUGGUGUCCCCAUGUCCCCUGGGGACAUGGACCGAGGUGUCCCAAUGUCCCUCCUGGUGUCCUCCUGUCCCUCCCAUGUCCCUCCCAUGUCACCUGGGGACACGGAUCCAGGUGUCCCCUUGUCCCUUCUGUGUCCCCAUGUCCUUUAGGGACAUGGGGAACCCCUCGGGGACACUGUCCCAGGUGUCCCCUUGUCCCUCCUGAUGUCCCCAUGUCCUUCCUGGUGUCCCCAUGUCCCUUGUGGACACUGGGGACCCUUUGGGGACACUGGGGACCCCCUGGAGACACCACCCCAGGUGUCCCCAUGUCCCUCCAGGUGUCCCCAUGUCCCUUAGAGACACUGAGGACCCUUUGGGGACACUGGGGACCCUCUGGAGACACGUGUCCCCAU